AUGGGCUUCGCCCUGGUUGCCUUGACCCUCAUUGCCAGCCGCGGCAGCGGCGAGAACUGCUCGGACUGCGAGGAUGCCUGGCUGGUUCAGGCGCGAGCUCCGAGCCGCCCGGGUCCGUGGCAAAGCCCUCGAGACCUGGCCACAGUGGUGCCACCGGCACCAAUGCCUUGGGGCGAUGUCGAACUUCAGUUUUUGAGCGCCAUUCCCGUCUUCGGCAAAGGGACCAACUACAUUGCUCUGCUUCAUGAUUACCACCACGGCUUUUGGGACUAUGCCACUAAACACCGGCUAUUCUGCGCUUCUUCGGACGGAAGCCAUAAGGCUGCGUUGAAGCUGUGGGGUGGUGAGAUAGACAGGAUGAAGAGGACUAUUGCCUUCCAUUGCCCCUGGCCGCAAGAGGCAGCAGAUGGCAACUAUCACCUCAUAGUGCAAAGCGAGGAAGGCAUGCAGCUCGGGGAAAUCCGGACAAAACAAACCCCAAACCUGCUCGGCCGCCAUGGGGCCAUCGCUUGCAUCGCCGUGGCUUGGAAUGAACCUGGCAUGAAGCCCACCAGCACCAGAGCGCCCCAGUGGUUGGAGUACAGCUUGAUGCACGGCGUUGGCCACUUCUUGUUGUACACCCAAGAUGGUAUGGACGAGGAGUUUCUCCGGGUGUACCGACCAUAUUUGGAGCAAGGCCUUGCGACCCGCAUCCACAUCACUCCCGUCAAAACCCACUUCGAACAUUAUCAUGCCGUCCAUCACUCAACACACAAUUGGGUGGCCAACGACUGCCUCUAUCGAGCCAAGCAUCAUGCCCGGUGGGUGUUGCCAACCAUCGAUUGGGAUGAGUACUUGAUCGUCAAAGAAGGCGCCCCGGCCAGGUGGCAUGGGCCGAACUUCAUGGCUAAUCUUUGGGACCAGGUGGCUGCAGAGGCAUCGCUGACACAUAACGAGGUCCAUGCGGUGAUGCUUUCCCGCUACCAGUUCGCAGUCUCACCCGCCUCGGAGCUGGAUACGACAUCUACGCUGCGGGAGCGUAAGGUUGCACGGAAGUUGCUUAAAUACGUGGUGAACCCCGAUGUGGUGAAUUCUGUCUUUGUUCACUGGCCUACAAGUUGGGCGGAAGGUACCUUCGCUCUUAAGCUUAAACGAGGCGUGGCCUCCUUGAAUCACUACAGGUUGAGCGAGGAGGAGGUUGGCGAAGGAAAUGGCAUGGUGCGGGACGAGGCCCUGGUCCCGGAAGUGCCUGCCAUAGCCAAUGCCCUCAGAGCUCGCUUCGGGAAGCCAUGGGAGAAGCUGAUGCUUGAGCUCACGCCAGUGACGGCGGCAAAUCCGCCAGAUGAUUUUUAUGAAGAUGUGCCAGUUGACGGCUUAGAGUUUGAUGACGGCUUCGAAUAUGAUGACGGCUUCGAAUUUGAUGAUUGA